GGUGAUGAGAUAAGAAAGAAGGAACAAAAACUUGAUUCUACAGUAUCUGAGAAUGGAGAGAAUUGGAGCAUGGGUCAAAGGCAACUAGUAUGUUUAGGGCGGGCAUUACUCAAAAGGAGUAAAGUAUUGGUACUCGAUGAAGCUACUGCAUCAAUGGAUACUGCAACUGACUAUCUGAUUCAACAAACACUUAGUCAACACUUCUCAAGGACUACUAUCAUCACAAUUGCACAUAGGAUAACAUCAAUUCUUGAUGCCGAUAUGGUCCUUCUUCUUGAUAAUGGUCUUAUACUAGAAUAUGAUUCCCCAACCAGAUUGCUAGAGAUCAAGUCUUCCUCAUUUGGAAAGCUUGUUAAGGAGUAUACUCGAAGAUGUAAUUAGUAGUUUUUGAAUAGCUAGAAGCAAGUUUUGAAUGUUCAAAGUAAGAAAUCUGCAUUGGACUGAGUAUCUUGCUAUUUUGAAUAUGCAUUUAAUUUCUUGGAA